CAAUAUAAAAACAAUUAUAAAAAUUUAAGAUGAUUAUUUUUGUUAGAAAUGGAGAAAGAGAUAAGUAAUAGGAUGGAUUAAAUGAAACAGGUGUAAAUUAAGCAAUGAAAAGGGCAAAGGAAGUUAAAACCUAAAUUUAGGAUUAUUGUAAUGAGAAUGAUUUUGAGUUGUCUGAUAUCAACCUAAUCAUUUGUUCAUCUCCAUUCAAGAAGUGCUUAUAAACUGCAGAAAUUAUCAAAUCUAAUAUCGAAUCAAAAGAGUUAAAGUUUAAGAAAAAAUAUGACAAAAUAUUUACACAAUAUGAAUUGGGAGAUUAUUAGCAUCCAUAUUUAUGUUCAGCAGAAGAAGUCAGUUUGGAUUUUGCAGGAGCUUAAAUGAAGUCUGUAACGAAAGAAACCUUGAUUGAUCCAAAACAAUUGCCUUAAAAUAAUUAUAAGAAGGAGAAUAGCGAAUAAGUCGAAGAAAGAUUAGGAGCAGUUAUCUAUCAGCUCACACACAAAUUAUAGAAUAGCAAAGAUAAUGCCAAAUAGGUGUAUAUCGUUAUUACACAUAAAAUUGCUCUUGAAAUAUUAGUUGAUAUUUUUGAAGGGAGCAGAGAAAUUUCUGAAUCAGGACUUAUUAGCAUUAAGUUUAAAUCUGAUUCCACUUUUGGAAUAAGCUUUGUUGGAAAAGUAUUUAGAGUGAAAGAAAAGAAAUAAAUCGACUAAUAGUUUGAAGAUUUUUAACAAAAUUUUUCAGAGGAUGAAGAAUAAUAAUAAGAAGAUGAAGAGUAAUAAGAAGAUGAAGAUAGUAACUGAUGUGUGUUUAUGUUUAUAAAUCCUUUAAAUGAAUUUUAU